CAACCAUUCGGAAUUAUAGCUACGUCGCAGCGGCUCCUCACUUCGUUGCGCCAGACUGAUGUAAUAAUGUACAUCAUGAAGCUUCCAUGCAUAUGGCAUUGAUGUUCUCAUUCACCCUGGAGCAGCUUCCAGCAAAGCUAUAGAGUAGGUAUGCGAAUCGUAGAAUAUCGUCUGUUUCUUUUCAUCUGUAUAUGUGCAUCGCAUCACAAACUUACGCAAUCACUAUGCCUCCCCCAAGAGCCAACGCUUCAUCCGAAGCCGCCAAGGGUGAGCAAUUCCACGCGGAUAUCCGUCCAUCCAUCAGAGCCUCUCGAGCAGGGCGGACACACUACUGGCACCCAGAUCGGCACAGCUCUUAAGGAGGACACAUACCUGCCCAGCGUUCAGAGCUCAGUGCCCGGCUAGGCAUCGGAGGCUCUCGACAUGCCCGAUGCCACGUCAGAAGCAGUUAGAGCUUCACAUGUUAUUUCUAAUGUGAUUGUCAGAACAUUUUUGCAUGACCACAAAACUUCUGUACACGACGUCCCAACUGCGAUAUUUGAGGCUGACUAUAUUUUGAAAGAGCAAUCUCUGAUGCUUG